AUGCCGCCACCGUCAAUUCCUCAACCCGGCCAAGGCAAGCCGCCCUUGCGACGCGGUUCUAUAAGCGGUGCCUCAGGCCCGCAGGCACAGUUUCGCGCCAGCAUUGGAGCCAGCGCCAUCCCACGUCCGCAGACAGCGCUCAGAGGAUCUAGGCCCGGAAGUUUUCGCGCUUCGAUUAGUGCUCAGCCGUCUUUCGCCUUCAACCCAAGCGGCGAUUCCCAUAUUCCGCUAUCGAUUGCCAACUUGAGCCGUUCGAGUUCGCGGCAAGGUCGUACGCCGACCGGGCCAUCACCGCCGCCCGCUAACGAUGAAACCGCAGCCAGCUCGACGAAUCCGACGCGGGAUAGCAGCAAGGAGAACAUUGCUCCGCCAGAUGCAGCAGAGUACGAAGCCCAGAGACGGCGCAUCGAAGAGCUAAAGGCCGAGGUUGGCACUCUCAACUACCAGAUCAGCAACUAUGAACAGGAAAAGGAGUUGGGACGAUUGCAGAUGGAAAACGAAAUGCGCGAUAUCCGUCGACAAGCUGAGCAGGAUUUUAAAGCAAAACAAGCCGCCGAUGCCGAAAAGUCCAAGGCGCUGCGACAUGCUGAGUCGCUGCAAGCCGAGUUGGACGCCCUACGAGCCGAAAAGGAAACCCAAAAACGAGAACUCAAUGCGAAGACAAGGGAAGCACAGGAAGAGGCAAGACUACUUCGAGAACAAGUUGAGGAGUUGAAGGCUGCUAAGGAGGAAGCAGCACGGCUAGCGGAGCGGGAAAUCACCGAAUUAAAGGCGAAGGUAACUGUGUUGGAGAGGACCGCGCAAGAGACAGAGGAGGAGAACAGAACACUAAAGGAUACCCUCGAAAAAGUCAAUGCCCAACUGGCAGAGCGAGACGACACAAUAGGCAAACUCGAUGCCGAGGUUCUUCGACUCAAAGCUCACACAGGCGAUGCCGAGACAGUGUCCGUGAUCCGCAGGGAGCUUUCAGACCAAGUGAAUCACAUCCGGAUGCUCGAGUCUAAGAACCGUGAGCAAAUAACAGAGCUCAAACACUUGCGACAGGUUUACAAGGCCGUGGAGGUAGUCGAGGAAGAGAAACGGACUCUACAGAGGAAGUUGGAAGCAGCACAAACUCUGGAGACCGAGCUGGCCGAGGAACGAAGGCAACGUCUCAGGCUAGAGGAUGAAAGAAGAUCAUGGGCCGCAUACUUGGAGUCAAAUUCAGAGGGUCCCGUCGAGUUCGACUCACCGGAAGCCGUAGCAAGGGCAUUGGUGGAGGAGCGUUUCCGCUCCGCCUCGCUGACCGAGCGGUUGGGUGCUCUCCAGCCUGAGAUUGCCGACCGUGAUAACAUCAUCAAGUCACUGGAGGAUGAGAAGGCCAGACUUCUCGAACAAAUUGAGAAACUUCGGGCAAGCAGCGGUCCUUCUGCUAACGACAAGGCCCGCGCCCGUCUAGACAGGCAACGCGCCCUCGCCGUCAAGGAGGUGGAGUACCUACGCGCCCAACUCAAGACCUUUGACAUGGAAGACGUCACCAUGCAACCCGAGCAGCUCGACGAGCAAAAAGCCAAGCGGAUCCAAGAGCUUGAGGACCUCGUCGACAAGUACAAAGAAGAGGUUAACACCCUCCACGCCGACCUGACCUCCCUCGAAUCCGCCAGCACCAGCCCCGUCCAACCCGUACUGGCCGGCACCAAACGGCCCCGUGAUGACCACGACGGCGCCGAGUCCGAACAACUCGGCCAACUCGCCCGCAAGAACCGCAAGCUCCAAUCCGAGUUCUCCGACCUGCAAACCUCCCACCGCAUCCUCCAAAAGGAGCACGAAGUAACCACCUCCCAGCUCGCCGCCGCCAAGGAACAACUCAAAACCCGCAUCCUCUCGCUGCGCGACAACCCAACCUCGGAAUACGAAAAGAUCAAGACCGAAACCCUUAAAGCCCUCAAGCUCGAGAACGCCGAGCUGCUCGCCCACCUCGAGCGCCAACCGACUCUCUUCGCGACCGUCCCCGCCACCCAAAUCGCCGCGCUCAAACGCGAAAUAUCCGCCGCGCAAGCCGAGACGGCCUCGGCCCAAAAACGCGCCGACCGCCUAAAACAAGUAUGGGCAGCCAAGUCUGCCGAGUUCAAAGAGGCCGUGUUCAGCACCCUGGGGUGGACCGUGACGUUCAUCCCCGGAGGCAAGAUGCGGGUGGAAAGUGUUUAUUACCCUUCCAAGACGGAGGAGCACGAGAACAGCAUCGUUUUCGAUGGCGAGAAGGGCACGAUGAAGGUGGGCGGAGGACCGAGGAGCGAGUUUGCGAACAGGAUUGCGGAUAAUAUUCGGUUUUGGGUCAGGGAGAGGGGAGAGGUGCCGUGCUUUCUGGCGGCGUUGACGUUGGAGUUUUAUGAGGAAAUGCAUGGGGCGAAGCAGUUGCAGGCGACUGGGGGAGGCGAAAGUGGCAGUGGGAGCGGGACGCCUAUGGAGGGGGUGACUGGGACUGCUUCGGCUUAG